AUGGUUCGUUUGGGUCCUAAGAAGCCUCCCGUGAGAAAAGGGUCGAUGGCCGACGUGCCAGCCAGCUUGAUGGAACAGAUCACGCGCUUCGAAGAGGUGUUCACGGUGCCUGCGGAGAAACUGAAGGAAGUCACGGAGCGGUUUGUCGGCGAGCUGAACAAAGGUUUGUCGAAGAAGGGCGGGAACAUCCCUAUGAUUCCCGGCUGGGUGAUGGACUUCCCCACGGGUUCGGAGACCGGCGACUACCUGGCCAUCGACCUUGGUGGAACCAACCUGCGUGUGGUUCUCGUCAAGCUGGGCGGAAAACGCGAUUUCGACACCACCCAGUCCAAGUACAAGCUGCCUGACCACAUGCGCACGGGCUCUGCUGACGCGUUGUUUUCCUUCAUCGCCGACUGUCUAAAGGCUUUUCUCGACGAAGAGUUCCCAGAGGGCGUGGACCACGCCUUGCCUCUGGGCUUCACCUUCUCCUACCCAGCGUCUCAGGACCGCAUCAACGAAGGGUUUCUACAAAGAUGGACCAAGGGUUUCGACAUUGAUGGUGUCGAGGGGAAAGACGUGGUGCCAAUGUUGCAAGAGCAAUUGAAAAAGCGCGACAUCCCAAUCGACGUCGUGGCCUUGAUCAACGAUACCACUGGUACCUUGGUUGCCUCCAUGUACACCGACCCAGAGACCCGUAUGGGCUGCAUCUUCGGUACCGGUGUCAACGGUGCCUACUACGAUGUUUGCAGCGGUGUUGAAAAGCUACAAGGUAGAUUAGCUGACGAUGUUGACCCUGAUGCCCCUAUGGCGAUCAACUGUGAAUACGGUUCCUUCGACAACGAGCUCAUCACUUUGCCAAGAACCAAAUACGACAUACUCGUCGACAAGCAAUCCCCAAGACCUGGUCAACAAAGCUUUGAAAAGAUGACCUCCGGUUACUACUUGGGUGAGCUACUGCGUUUGGCUUUGGUGGACUUGGCUGGCCAAGGUUUGAUAUUCUCUGGCCAAGACUUGUCUAAAUUGGAAAAACCCUACGUGAUGGACACUGCCUACCCUGCUCGUAUUGAAGAAGACCCAUUCGAGAACUUGGAAGACACCUAUGACAUUUUCAAGAACGAGUUGGGUGUCGAAACUACCAACGGCGAACGUAAGCUCAUCAGACGUUUGGCUGAACUCAUUGGUACCAGAGCCUCCAGAAUGUCUGUGUGUGGUAUUGCUGCUGUCUGCAAAAAGAGAGGUUACAAGACCGCCCACAUUGCUGCUGACGGUUCCGUUUUCAACUUGUAUCCAGGCUUCAAAGAAAGAGCUGCUGCUGGUUUGAGAGACAUCUUUGAUUGGGAAGUUAAGAAGAACUAUGAAGACUACCCAAUUGUUAUUGUCGCUGCCGAAGAUGGUUCAGGUGCUGGUGCCGCAAUCAUUGCCGCUUUGACUCAAAAGAGACUCGCUGCUGGCAAGUCUGUCGGUGUCAUCAACUAA